AAUUGGAAAAUGGAAAAAGAAAUUGAAAAAGUGCUCGAUGACACAAUCGCCAAUGAAAAUAUCGUUGCUUGUUUGAGUGCGAAUCGUCACGGCCUUUGUAUUGGAGCUCGUGGAAAUAUUUCAUCGCAAUCAUCUGGUUUAUUAGUCGCAUUACUUGAUCAAGCUCAAAAGUUAGAACCACAGUCAGGACCACCCGUUGUCGUAUUGGAAACAUCGAAAAAUACCUGUUUGAUUCAUAAACACGGAGUGACUGGAGUCAUUGUAAAAAAAUUGGAUCAACCUAACUGAUCUAGUCGCCAAAAAUUAAUUCAAAAUCGUACGCUGAGUUGCCUAUAUACCAUAUGUUUAAUUAGGAAAUUUAAAACAAAAUAAAUACCAUUUUAUAUCAAUUCCAUGGGAAUAAACAACAUA